UAUCUUCACUCGCGGCUGAUGAAAACAGCGUGGAACCACUACAUCCACAUCAAAAGCACAGGCCCCUGUGCUGCUUCAUCGUCUUUCUCCCCCCCCCCCCCCCCCCCCCCCCUCUCUUGUAGUUGUAGAACGCCAUAAAACCUAAUCGAAGACACAGAGAGAGGUUGUGGGUGCUGUUUCUCUCUCUACAAUGUUGGUACACGCUACAUUACCUGCCUCGGCAUCACUAAUAACUUUCAAUGGGACUUCAGGAGGUGCAAGGCAAUGGGGCAAGCUAUUUUUUCCGGUCUCCAGAACUAAAUUUGGAACCAAUUCGUUUUUGUUUGGAGGAAUUCCAGGGAGGGGAUUGCCCAUCAUUGUUCCAGGAGCCUCACAGAGUAAUGGGUCGGUGGGGGAAGUGUCUGAAGAUGAAGGAACACGUAGAACUUAUGUGUGGCCCAAUGACAAGAACCCAAGGGUAUGCAUAUUAGGCGGUGGAUUUGGAGGUCUAUAUACUGCUUUAAGACUAGAAUCCCUUGAGUGGGCUCGUGACAAGAAACCUCAGAUACUUCUUUUUGACCAGUCUGAACGCUUCGUUUUCAAGCCAAUGUUAUAUGAGCUGUUGUCUGGAGAAGUUGAUGUCUGGGAAAUAGCUCCACGUUUCUCAGAUUUGCUUGGCAAUACUAGUGUGCAAUUUUUCCAAGACAGGGUGAAGUUGUUACAUACCUAUGAUUAUGAGGGAAUGAAUGCGUCUACGAGAUCUGGCUGUGGAGGAGCCGUACAUCUUGAGAGUGGGCUUGUUGUUGAAUAUGACUGGUUGGUACUUGCUUUGGGUGCUGCAGGUAAAGUUGAUCUUGUACCCGGUGCAGCAGAAUUUGCAUUUCCGUUCUCCACCCUGGAGGAUGCAUAUAUGGUAGAAAAGCGGUUAAGAGAAUUGGAGCGGAAGUACUUUGGAAAGGACACUCCAAUCGUUGUGGCUGUGGUGGGGUGUGGUUAUGCUGGAGUUGAGUUAGCUGCAACAGUAUCAGAGAGACUGAAAGAUAAAGGAGUUGUGCAUGCAAUUGGUAGGGAUACAACAAUCUUGCCAACUGCCCCGCCUGGCAACAGGGAAGCUGCCCUGAAAGUUCUUUCAUCCAGGAAGAUACAACUUUCUUUGGGUUAUUCUGUGCGCUCUAUAACAAAAGCUAGUGAAUAUAGAACUUCAGACAGUGAUGCUCGAACAACUAACAACUUAGGGGCAGCUCAAGAUCCUGACAGACUUGUUCUGGAGCUGUGGCCUUUUGAUGGAGGCUCACAAGUUCAAACUCUGGAUGCAGAUCUAGUGUUGUGGACAGUUGGGUCUAAACCUCUGCUCCCUCAAAUAGAACGCAAUUGGCUUCCUUUAAUUGAACAGGGACAAGCAGAGACAGAUGAAACUCUUCGAGUCAAGGGCCAUCCGCGCAUAUUUGCAAUUGGUGACUCUUCUGCAUUAAGGGACUCCAGUGGAAGAAGACUUCCAGCCACAGCACAGGUAGCUUUUCAGCAAGCAGAUUUUGCUGGUUGGAAUCUUUGGGCUGCAAUCAACAACCGACAUUUGCUGCCCUUUAGAUUCCAGAAUUUAGGUGAGAUGAUGACUCUUGGGAGAUCCGAUGCUGCUGUUACACCGAGUUUCCUUGAGGGGCUAACCUUGGAGGGCCCUGUAGGUCAUACUGCAAGGAAAAUAGCAUACUUGGCCAGAUUGCCAACAGAUGAACACCGUCUUAAAGUGGGAAUCAGUUGGCUCAUGAAGUCUGCGGUAGAUUCAGUUGCAUCACUUCAGAGUACCCUUGCCGAAGUUCUUUCACGGCCGUAGAUCAGUUGUUUUCAUUCAAUGUGUAGUACUUUUUUGUACCGUUGGCCUUUCUGAAAUCGAGUGCUCCAGUCAUUUCCUAAUGGACUUGUUGGCACUGUUAACCAGUAUACGGGAAUACAAACAGGUUGGAAUUGUGAAUUUGUUAAGAAAAUGGUGAAACGAAAGGGAAAUCGAGUUACUUUCA